GAGAAGAAGUAGGAGGAGUAAGAGGAGGAGAAGGAGAGAGGGGAGAGGGAAAGGAGAAGAGGGAUAGUGAAAAGGAAGGAAGGAAAGGAAGCGUGAAUGAGAGUGUGAAUAAUAGUUCAGAACCAGACCGUGGAUUACUAGUGAUCGACUCUGACGCGGCAGGAGAGCUCAGGCUAGGUGGGCGCGGGCGGAAUGAACCAUGCACCCCGCCCACAGCCAUGAUACUCGAGCCGCCCAACAACAACACGGACCAUGUCCCUCCCACGGCCCUCACCACCCUAGCACCCGCUCAGGCACAAGUGAGCGGCGUGCAGGUCGUGGUGGUCGUCCUCGCAGUGGUGCUGGUGACGGCCGUGGUGUCGUGCGUCCUGGGAAACUCUAAGAUGGGCGCACGACUUUGGUCCGAGCGACGGUCCUCCCGUGCUGCCCAUCCCACCUCCGCCUCCCCCCACGCCCACACCGCCGUCACGCCUACCGCCUUCACACACUCGGUACGUGCCAGUCUUCCCUCCCGCACCGCCAUGGCCUGGCACGAGGCUAAGGUGUUGUACGUGUGCGAGGGCAUAAGCGGCAGUGUGGGUGAGGCCAUGGCUGCCGCGCGCGACCGAGCCACGCGCUACAGUAGUGUGCAGCAGGACACUAUCCUCGGCUACCCUUACCAGGUCCCACUACCUGACGGGGAGGAGAGGCAAUAUACGCUACCCUCCAUGAAGCACCACCUUACUGGUUCAGAACAGGAGGCAGAAAUAACAAGGGAAUACAUCAAACCACCAGCCAACAAAACGUUAUUUGAUGUGGAGUGUGACGUAUCGCACAGAUCCUGUUCAGAAGGAUCCUUCCCUAUACAGAGUGAGUGGGGCGUGGGACACGGCGGGUCACACCACCACUCCCAGCAGCACCGGUACUCAGGCCCCAUGGAUCCCCGGGCAACGCAACACCCAGCGGUAUCUGCGUCGUCUUCAUCUUCAUCCUCGUCGUCGUCGUUGCCAGGCUGGGGAUGCGGGGACGAGGGCAGGGGGUCGCCGAGGAGGAUGCGGAAACCGGGAGGACUAGGGCAGCGAGGCACACAGCUCCUAGCGAAUAUGGUGGCUCCGUUCACAUCGCCCAAGUACGCACCGCACCAGGAAGGAAGCCGACGAGGAGGCCGGCACCAAGGUAUGGGGACGAGUUCUCCAUCGCCAUCGCAUGACAUUAACAUCUCCAUGCCCUACUGCCCAGCGGCCACCACUUUGGCGGAUAUCACCAUGGUGUCGGUGCCGUGUGGACCAUCAGCUCGCACAGCUCAUAGUCCCAGUCACUCCUCGGUGCCAGGUGGCUCACAAGGAGUCCAUAUGAGUAGUAUGGGCCUCCCACACACCUCUGGACAGUCCUCACAGUCACGCUGCAGUCCAACUGCGGACCAUGACUUUCCGCCCUUAUAUACUGAGGUGAUAGAAAAUCCCACCUUAUAUACAAGUGUUAGUAGACCCUCAGAACCAAGGACAAACAGUGGGAAAAUAUGACCACCAAGUCUUUUACUUAGUCUUUCAAACAUACUUUAUAAUAUCACUUAAGAUGUACUUGUUGUAAUGAAAGUUGUUAUAUCCCCUGGGAUGUGAUAGUGUGACGCGUGAUACAGUGCUGAAGCCAGCAGGUGUCUUGGUGCUCAGUGGUGGUGGGCCGGUGCUCAGGCUCACUCCUGUGCAUUACCAACUGCCAGCGUGCAUGUGCACUCAGGUGUGUGAGGGUGGCCAGGUGCGGCCCUGCCAAAUGUAUGACCAAAUACAUGUCAGCAGGGCAUGAAGUGUGCAUUCGGAUUCACCAAAUGGGACCGGUGCAUACACAAGGACCAGAGCAGUUGGGACCAGCCGCUGUAGUGGUGGAUGAAGGAGUCACCAGUGCCUGGGGUCCCAAGGACCAGUGCCAGGGUGGCUGGCAGCAGUGCAGAUCUGCCACACACUGUUUUGUACUGCUAACAGUCACCUGAUGGCUCACACAGUGUAUUGUAGAGUGCUGCAGCAUUUCCAGGGCCAAGUCCCAUAUGUGAUAGGCCUUCUCUCUGUAUCUGAGUGGACAAGUGAUGGAGUGUGGUGCGUGGCGAUGGCUGAGGGAAUGUGGCUGGGUGACCUGUAGCUUAGACACAGGCAGACCAGAGACUCAGGGAACAUUGCAAAACCUUUGUAUUGCUCUUCUCAUUUGAGAAACAAGUGAUGGCAUUGCUAAUGGAAGUAAAUAGUAUGUAAUUGGUUAAAUUUAAGUUCCCUGGGACUGGGCGGGGUGAGACUGGCUAUGGAGGUGUGGCAGAGUGGUGGCGGUGGCAAGAUUGUUGUUACUGCCACUUGUUCCUCACUAUCACGUGCUGUGCUGUCUAGUCUGGAGAGGUGGAUGGCCAUGGCAAGUGACACAUCCUGCCUCCUGAUCUACUACAAGGUUCACACUCACAUAUUCAUGUUAUUACUCCCACUCAGUGACACAUGCACACCUCCUGGCUUGACUAGCCCCUUGUGGAGUAGAGUCCCGUGGGCAACAUUAACUGUUAUUCCACUGCCAGGUAUAUAUUAGGUUUUGUAAGACUUGCCUGUAAUUCAUUGUUCUGCCCUGUUGGCAGGUUAUAUUCCUUCCACCCCAGCUGCAAAGCAGUCAUUGCGAGAAUGUAUCAGAGGUGUAUGGUGCCACAAUAAAUGAGAUUGUGUGAAGUGUGUGAUUUGUGAACAUAUUGAAGAAUUAGAUCAAGACUACUUUGAGAAAUGAAUUGGUACAGUGAGCCCAGCCACACUGAUCAUGGUCUUACUCCUCCCAACUUCUUUUGGCUCAUCUCUCAGAUAUGGAUGUUUAGUUAUCCCAUAUACACCGCCAGUUUAUUGACAUAUUCUUCUGGUCAGGUGAUAAGGCCCAAAGUCAGGUCACUGCCUCUGGUAGGCAGUGAACCAAGAAUCAGGUCACUGCCUCAGGUCAGGUAGUGGCCUGCACCAGGUCAGAUGGUACAGCCCUAAGUCAAGUCACUGUCACUUAGACUUUAUUCAGUCACGGAUUCAUUUCCUUUUUCAGUUUUCAGAACAUUUUGUCAUAGGAACUGCCUCUUUUAAGUUUUCGAGUUUUUACCUCUCAAAGACAAAAAUGUUGAUUUGUAAUAUAUUUCCGAUCAGGAUAUUAAUUUAUUUUUCAAAUGUAUUGUGUAAUUAAUGAACAGAAAAUGAA